CCGUGCCUAUUUCAGGUUCAUUCAACAAAGGUGAAAGAGAUGGCCUCAGAGACGAUCUGUCAUGAGCUAUCGCAUCAAUGGUUCGGUGACACGGUCACUGCGCAGUGGUGGAGUGACUUGUUCUUGAACGAGGGAUUCGCAACCUAUUUUCAGACUAAAUCACAACUACUCGCCGAGCCAGAACAAGCCGAUUUCUUGGUUCGUUUUCCAUUUUAG